AGUACGAUUUUUGCAUUCAAAUGAUUUGGAACGCGGUGUCCGCGUUCUCGUUGUUCAAAACGUCCAAUGUCGUUGCGAUAUUUGUAGACCCGGUUCAUUAGUUGUUACCACUAAUACAAAUAACGUGCGCGCAUAACCCGCAUAACUUUACAGUUACCACCGACGUUGUUGUGCCAAUCAAAUAUCGGUCGGUGGAUUUGAAAAAAAAAUAAAUUAACACCGGUUGCUCGUCUUCAUGCAUUUAAUUUGAUAAGAAAUACAUAAAAAGUACUUGGAUAACUAGAGAUUACCUUGUUGUUAGGCUAGGCUUUUGAGCAAUCGAUCAUGACAUCUACUUAGCGUCACAACUGUCAAUAAUGCAAUAAACCCAAAAAAAGGAAUAAAAACAGUAAUGCUUUUGCAUACGACUCUGUGUGUCAAGAAAUAGUUUUUGUGACACAUUUGCCUCUGGGUUGUUUUAUAGUUAAUACUUGUAAUCCUUUAGCGGUUGCGAGCAAAAUAUUGAACUAGUUUAAGUGUUUAUACUCAUGACAUACGCAAGUGCCUUAUUGCAACGGUAAAUACCUAAGUAGUAUAUGUUAAUGCUAAGACGCGUCUUAAACGUCGAGAAUGUCUUUCGCCUGUGAUACUUAUAAAUUUAAAACAUUGGAAAUAUUCUACAGAUCUGACAAGCAUCAAUCAUUACUCACCGAAGAGAGUUUAAUGACAUUGGAUAAUUACGACGUAGAGGAACAUGAAUUGCCCAAUUUUCAACGUGUUUCCAUUUCCGGUGAGGAUACAAGUGGUGUGCCAUUGGAAGAUUUAGAACGCGCUUCCACGCUACUCAUACAAGCGCUGGAAUUACGCGAACGUUAUAUGUUGCAUUCUGGUCAGUCGUUCCCGACAACAACAAGACGGUUUCUAAAAACCGUGCACGAGCGCAAUCGUUUCGGCACGAUUGAACACGAGAAUCGCAAGACCAUUGCAGCCAUAAUACGCAAGAUCAGCCUCCCCAGUACUCAGACAGACCAUCCCAUACAUCCACCAAUUAACAAGUCUGAUCCAUGGGAAUUGGAAUUUCCAGCUGAUAAUGACUAUGAAAUCAAAAGUAUUAACGGUGUCUUCCACGUCUACAAGGAUAAGGAAUGCACGCAGGAGGUGAAAUGCGAGUAUCCAAAUCUCAAGGAGUUCGUUAACGACAUGCAGGUCAUGUGUAAUAUGAUUGUUGAUGGACCACUUAAAUCAUUUUGUUAUCGCCGGCUUUGCUAUCUCUCAUCGAAAUUCCAGUUGCAUGUCCUUUUAAAUGAGCUACGUGAGUUGGCUUCUCAGAAAGCGGUGCCACAUCGCGAUUUCUAUAAUAUUAGAAAGGUCGACACUCACAUACACGCCGCCUCCUGCAUGAAUCAGAAACAUUUGCUGCGUUUCAUUAAGAAGACGCUUAAAAAUAACGCCGAUGAAAUUGUGACAAUCACCAAAGGUCAACCAAUGUCACUGAAAGAUGUGUUCCAGUCAAUGAAUCUAACCACCUAUGAUCUAACUGUGGAUAUGUUGGAUGUGCAUGCGGACCGGAACACAUUCCAUCGUUUCGACAAAUUCAAUUCCAAAUACAAUCCGAUCGGUGAGUCGCGUUUGCGCGAGGUCUUCCUCAAGACGGACAACUAUUCGAAUGGCAAAUAUUUUGCACAAAUUAUUAAGGAAGUUGCCUUCGAUUUGGAGGAGUCGAAAUACCAAAAUACCGAGCUACGUCUCUCCAUUUAUGGCAAAUCACCGGAUGAGUGGAAGAAGUUAGCAAAAUGGGCCAUCGAAUACAAUGUGCAUUCGACAAAUGUACGCUGGUUGAUACAGAUACCACGACUUUAUGAUAUCUUCAAAUCCAAUAAUUUGAUGAAUUCAUUCCAAAAUAUAUUGGAUAACAUCUUUAAGCCACUCUUUGAGGUUACAAGCCGACCCAGCGAGCAUCCGAAUUUACAUCGUUUUCUAAAUUAUGUAAUCGGUUUCGAUUCGGUGGACGAUGAAUCGAAACCGGAGAAUCCAAUUAUUGAUUUAGACAUACCAACACCGGAAGCGUGGAGUGAAGAGGAGAAUCCACCAUAUGCCUACUACAUUUACUACAUGUACGCAAAUAUGACUGUGUUGAAUCAAUACCGAAAAGCGCGCGGCAUGAACACCUUCGUUUUACGUCCGCAUUGCGGUGAGGCCGGUCCGGUGCAGCAUUUAGUUUGUGGCUACCUAAUGGCUGAGAACAUUUCUCACGGCCUCCUGUUACGUAAAGUGCCUGUGCUGCAGUAUCUCUUUUAUCUGACACAAAUCGGCAUUGCCAUGUCGCCACUCUCUAAUAAUUCACUCUUCCUCAACUAUCAUCGCAAUCCGUUGCCGGAGUAUUUGGCGCGCGGUCUUAUAGUCUCACUUUCCACUGAUGAUCCGCUACAAUUCCACUUCACAAAGGAACCCCUGAUGGAGGAGUACAGCAUUGCGGCGCAAGUGUGGAAGUUGAGCUCAUGUGAUAUGUGCGAAUUGGCGCGCAACAGUGUGAUUAUGAGUGGUUUUCCGCAUAAGGUCAAACAGCAUUGGCUCGGUCCGAAUUACACGCGUGAAGGUGUUGCUGGCAACGACAUCACACGCACCAAUGUGCCGGACAUACGCGUAGCCUACCGGCAUGAAACGCUGCUCGACGAACUGUCGAAUAUCUUCAAGGUGCACGAGAUUCCGAAAAGUGAGUAAACCCAAUGGAGGCAACCGCAAGCGCAGCAGCAACAAAGAGGAAAGUGCAAACGACAUUCAACUGCAAGGUGAAGAAGUUGAAAAUGAAGCUGAAAAAGCAAAUCAAAUCGAAGCUGUUAAGUCAUUUUUUCUUAGCUCGGAAUAUAGCACGUGCUUGGAGGAUUUAUAAAAUUUGUUAUUGUUUUUUAAUUAUUUAAAUUUAUUAAUAUUUUUUUUUUAUAAUUUGCCAUCGCUUCUAAGGGAGUAAAAUAUAUGUAUGUAUAAUAAUAAUAAUAUUGUUAUUUAUAGUAUAUAUGUAUAUAUAGCCUCUUCCAAUGAGUAACUGUUAAAAUAUGUUGUUGUAUUUAUGCCUACACGUAUGUAUGUAUAUGUAAUAUAAAUUAUUUUGCAAUUUCCUCAAUUCGGCUUGUUAACCAAAAAAUUGCUCCGGCAAAUGCAAAUUGUUUAAUAGCAAACUUAAGCGCAAGCAGAAAUUGUAUUUACUGCUGCAAAAAACUAAAAAUAAAUUGUUUAAUGGUGCAAAAUGCAAAAAUAAAUUGUGAAAAUCCGUAUAAGCAUUAAA